UUUGAAUUACGCCUGCGGUUUAUACCGAGAGAUAUCCAAGAGAUGUAUCAAACUGAAAUGGAUGCUUUCAUGUUUUUGCAUGACCAAAUUUUUGCCGAUUACAUAACUCAGGUUUCGUGGAAAGUGCCUGCUGAAACAGCAAUUGAAUUAGCUGCCUUACAAAUACGUCGCAAACUUGGUAACCAAAAUUCGUAA